AACUAGUAAAUUCUUAGCUCACAUUCCCUUAACAACGGACACAAUGGCUCGUACCGCUCUCAAAAACGCUAUUGACAAAUCCUUCGAUAACUGCAUCAAGGACUGCAAGAAUUGGGGGCUCGAGCAUACCCUUCAAUAUCUUGAAGAAUCUCAAAUGAAGUUUGAUGAAAAAGAUUACCCGUUUAUCAAACAAGAAGUAAUAAAAAAGGCGAUAGACGUGCGUGAUAACCCGUACACCACGAAACUUGUCACAAAAAAGGCGAAAUCGAUAAUUAAGAAACUUAGAGGUUCGUAUAAAAUAUCCAUGGAAGCCAUCGAAAUUUUUCGACGGCAAAAAAACAAAGCUGAAGAGAAUCGGUUUUAUUACCGUAUGGAUAAGAACGUUCGGAAGAUAGAGACCACAAUUUCGUCAGUACAUGUUAGUGAAGUGAAAAGACGCGCUGAAACAUCUAACCAAGCCAACAAGCGAGAUCGCAUCAAUGACGUUUCGUCCCCAAGUGUUUUUCCAGAAAUUAAUAACGAUUAUUCAGAUAAUGAUGAAAAUAAGAGCUAUGACGAAAAUAAGAAUGACGAAAAUAAGAGCGAUGAUGAAAAUAAGAGCGAUGAUGCGUUACUACAGUCAGAAUCGAAGGUCAGCAUUGAUGGUGUGGAUAAUAGUCAGUUUCAAGAAUUUCAAAAAAACUAUCUCGCAAUGUGCAAUGAUAUGAAGUGGAAGCUUCCAUCUGGAAGUUAUGUUGAAGACAUUAUCUUUAAUUAUUCAAAGGAUCUCCCUUAUGAAUGGUUAGUGUUAAAUUUAAAAACAUACAAUGUUAUGGCAGACCCUCAAUUGGAGGAUGGGCUUAUGGAAUACCUUGUCACAUAUAAUGAAACUGAUAUUUCAAAGAUGCGGGAUAAAAUUAAUGCAGGGAUAAACAUAACUCCAUAUGAUCCUAAAAAACACUUUGAUUAUCAAUACGUCUAUCAAGUUUUUGCUAACCUCCUGCCAAGAUAUGAAUUGAGAUCUGGAGAUUUCACUCGAGCACACCUGGAGGGAUGGUUUAAUUCUAACAUAUGGAAUAUAAUCAUCGACACAUGCCUUAUUGAUUUAUGCACAGUUGAGUUUAUCCGGGGGGAAGGAUGUUCGCGUGCAUCAUCAGAACGAAAAAAUAAUACAAGAGAAAGUGCAGAAACAAGGUCUAAAAUUGGCAGGAAGUGUGAUGGAAUUUUGCGAGAGCUCGCAUCGAUCGAAGAAUACGCUGUUAGUGAAGAGGGAAAACUUUUUGUGGGAAAAUGUGGAACGAAAUACUUAUCAGAUGGUGGGCUAAAAAUGCUAAAGGUAAUGAAAGAUAUGAUGAAGCAAAAGGCUGACAAGCUUGGAAUGGAUUUCGUAAGAUCCCAGCGUUUAGAAAUUGUUGGAUUUCUACAUUCGGCGCAAUAUUUACAACAAGUCAUCAUGGAUCUCCCAGCAGAUGUAGAAGAUCUAAUAUUUUUAAUUCACGAAGUCCUUGUUGCCAAGUAUCGUAUUAAGCGAAAUAUAGAACUUUCAAUAAAAAAUGCAAUAAUUUGA